GGAAGCCAACUGUCUGCACAAGGAAAAUGUAUGUUAAUGCCUUUGGGUUUCAGAAUGUGAACGCUAACGAUGAGAUGUUGUCACUGUUCCGAAUACAAACUGGAGAAAAUUUCUUUUGCUUCUGUGCUCCAAUUUUCAUCAACAGGUUAAUAUUUUUGGUUUGUUAAAUGCUUGUAAAAUGUUGGAUGUAAAUCAGUCUCAGAUUAACUUUACUGUUGGUGUGCAGUAUCAGGGGUUACUGGGAUUAGUGAUGUUCUCCACUCUGACUACAGUACCAUCAUGUGUGUUUCUCUUCAUUAAUGGGACCAUGUUAUUCACCCUGAGGAGUAAAUCUGUGUUUCGUGAGACCUCUCGUUACAUUCUUCUGUAUAACCUCCUUUUUGGAGACACUGUACAGUUGGCACAGAGUCAGUUAAUGUACCUACUGGCUGCUUGUAGAGUAACAAUGUCGUAUCCUGUGUGUGGUGUUCUCACCAUUUUUACCAACCUCUCAAAUCAGAUCUCCCCUCUCACACUGGUGGUGAUGUGUCUGGAGAGAUAUGUAGCUGUGUGCUACCCACUGAGGCACGCUACCAUCAUCACCAUCAGAAACACAGGGGUGGCUAUCAUUGUGGUUUGGGCCUUCAGUUCAUUAAAUGUCUUUAUUAAAAUUUUUUUGCUGUUAGAUUUUCCAUUUUCAGACCUGGAGAGUCUGCAGAUGACAGACUUUUGCACUAACCUAGCAAUGCUUCUUGGCCCAAUGUCUAAUAUUCAUGACAAAGCACACACUGGUUUUGUGUUUGCUUCAGCUGGAGUUGCAGUUAUUUCUUCCUAUAUUGGUGUGGUGAUAGCAGCCAGGUCAGCCUCCACAGACAAAGCUUCAGCCCGUAAGGCUCGUAACACACUGCUGCUGCAUCUGGUACAGCUGGGCCUCAGUCUCUCCUCAACCAUACACGAUCCGUUGCUAUUCUCUAUCUCCAAAAACCUUGGCAGGGUCAUGACUGUGCGCAUCCAGAUUGUUUUUUAUAUUUGUAUUAUUAUCCUUCCCAGGUGUCUGAGUUCCCUCAUCUAUGGCCUCAGAGACCAGACCAUUAGACCUGUUCUCAUGUACAAUCUCUGCUGUCAGUGGAAACGCUCACCUUUUCUCUCACGUCCAGCCAAGGCCAAACUUGGCAUUCCAUCAUUACAUGUGAUUUCCUAAAAAACUUUGAUUUAUUCAACUUUAAAGAGAAUACAAUUUCAUUUGUUUUUUCAAGUUGUGUGAGAUUUGCAGAUACUAUUCAUGAUCUGUUGUAUAUACUGUGAAUAUCUAAUGUACCCACAAAUACAGUAAAAUAAAAUAAUGUGGCUGACAGUA